AUGUUCGACGAAUAUGUCGAGCAUGCCUCCGCUCCUGGUGUCUCGCAAGGGGGAUCUGCGUUACCCAAGGUACAAUACGAAGGCUUUGAGCCCUCUCCGUACGACCCAGAUGAUGCUGUCGUUGACGGAAAAGAUGUUGCCGACCAAGGCAUUGCGGACGUCCCGCCUACGCCACUAUUCGAACUCGGCCGAGUCCAAUAUACUCUUCCCGCUUCCCUUGUGUCACUCGUGGUAUCCUCAGAUGUUCUCUCCAUGGGCCUAAGCAACAAUAUCAUAGUACAGAUUGAGCUCUCCCGCUCAGAGCAAGUCGUCAAAAUCCAGAUACCCCGCAAGCCUACCGAAUUUACUAUCUACAAGUUAUUCCUCGAUCCUUCAGGCCGACAUUUACUUGUCACAUCUCUUCAGGGGGAGAACUGGUACCUCUACCGUGGGUGGAAAAAGCCACGCCAGCUGAAGAGCUUCAAGAUGGUGAUUGAGAGCGUGGCUUGGAAUAAAGCUGCGUUGUUGUCAUCGACUCAUUCGACUUCUACUCGCGAAUUGCUGAUCGGUGCAAAGAACGGAAUGAUUUACGAAGCUGUCCUUGAUGCCGAAGAGGACUUCUUCAAGUCACAAGAAAGAUAUCUCCAGGCGGUGUUCACCUUACCAGAGCGACAUCCUAUCACAGGUCUCAAAUUCGACUUCUUUCCCCCAGCGGAGCCGAAGAGAGCACUUGUAAUGUUGACUACACCCUCGCGAAUAUACCAGUUCGUCGGCAUACCAGACAGACGGAGUGACGAUGGUGGGCGAGUAUUUUCCGGUCUCUUUGCGAGCUAUCGAGAAACGGCCCCAAAGAUCGUGGAGCUCCUAGGCAAUACCGAUUAUUCCGAGCUGCAUGUGUUCGCCCCGAACGCGGACCAGGCCUUGUCCUUGCCCAAGGGAAUUGCUUGGAUGACUGCUCCUGGUAUAUAUCAUGGCACUCUUAACUUUGAUUCAAUGUCGGAUGAUCUCAUUGAUGGCGCCCAACUCCUACCAUAUCCCACCUUUCCAUCUUCGCCAUCUUCGCCAUCGCUGUCUCCGACAAGAAAAAACCCGGUAGCUUCAACUGUGCCCAAGUCUAUGGCUCUGACGGAAUUUCAUUUCGUCCUUCUCUAUCAAGACCGCGUCGUAGCCAUCUCGAACCUCAAUGAACGGUUGACAUACGAAGAGAUGCUACCUGUGAAACCAAACGAAGACAUACGGGGAAUGACAGCCGACCCCGUACGCAAAACCUAUUGGGUGUAUACUGACCAGUCGAUCUUCGAACUCGUGGUAACGAAUGAGCACCGAGACGUUUGGAAAAUAUUCCUGGAAAAGGGCAAUUACGACGUCGCCUUGCAAUACGCGAAGACGGCAAGCCAUAGGGAUCAUGUCAUGAUGGCACAAUCCCGCGCAUUCUUCGACGAAGGCAGAUAUUUUCAAGCAGCGCAGAGCUACGCUCAAUGUUCCGUUAGCUUUGAAGAAGUGACAUUGAAAUUCCUUGAUGUCGGCGAGCGAGAUGCGCUUAGAUCGUACCUCAUCUCUCGGCUAGAGAGAACCAGGAAGACCGAUUUCUCCCAGCGGAUGAUGCUUGCAACAUGGCUUGUUGAGUUUUAUCUCAGCAAAUGCAAUGAACUGGAUGACCUCGUAGCCUCCGAGGCUGCAUCACACGAUAUGGAAAAUCUUCAAGCCGAGCGUACCAUUCUGGAAGACGAAUUGCGUCAAUUUUUGGAGACGUACAAGGCCAAUCUGGAGUCCAAAAUUGUGUACGAGCUCAUUGAGGGACAUGGUCGAACAGACAUGUACCUGCAUUAUGCAGCAGUCGUGGGAGAUUUCGAACGAGUCAUUGAGCAUUGGAUCACGGAAGAGGAAUGGACGAAGGCCAUUGAUGCCAUCAAUCGACAAUCAGAUGUGGAGCUGUACUAUCGGUUUGCACCCGUUCUCAUUCGGCCAGCCCCAAGAGAAACUGUCGACUCGUGGUUACGCCAGCAGUCGUUGGAUCCCCUUCGUCUUAUCCCAGCUCUCCUUCGCCUGCAACAUGCACCACGCGACCCCCUUUCUCCCAAUCAAGCCAUCCGUUACCUCAGCAAUCUGAUAUUCGAGCAGGGAAAUACCUCGCCAACGAUCCACAACCUCAUGGUCACGUUCUACGCUUCCGUGCCUACACCAUCAACGUCUGGAUCCGUCGCUCGUCCGGAGGACGACGGUCCUCUCCUGCGGUUCCUCUCAACUGCACCCUCCGAUCCUCUUACUGGCAAGCCAUACUACGACUUGGACUAUGCUCUACGUCUCUGCAAACAGGCAGGCCGAACACAACCGUGUGUGCAUAUCUAUUCAAAGAUGGGACUCUUUGAAAACAGUGUGGACCUCGCGCUUGAGAAGGGUGAUCUGGAGCUCGCAAAGAUCAACGCGGAUAUGCCUGAAGAUGAUGACCAGCUUCGGAAGAAAUUAUGGCUCAAGAUCGCGAAGUACGUGGUACAAGACAAACAGGACAUCAAGAUGGCCAUGCGUUUCCUCGAGAACACAGACCUUUUGAAGAUCGAAGACAUAUUGCCCUUCUUCCCCGAUUUCGUCGUCAUCGACGAUUUCAAGGACGAGAUUUGCACAGCGCUCGAAGGAUACUCUGCACACAUCGACGUGUUGAAGAAUGAGAUGGAUGAAGCGACACGCAAUGCGGAAGCAAUCAAGCAGGACAUCGCUGCACUGCAGAAGCGGUUUGUAACGAUCGAUGCCACUGAAAAGUGUUCCGUGUGCGGUUUCCCGCUAUUGGCGCGGCAGUUCUACGUGUUCCCGUGUCAACACACUUUCCACGCAGAUUGUUUGAUCGGCCUUACGAAGGAGUACCUCCCAGCGCAUGCUCUCCGGCGCAUUCUUGCACUGCAGACAGAGCUCGUCAAAGGCUCUCAGCAGGGUCCACUUGACCGCAACUUAAUUACUAACCCAUCUCACCUCUCCGGGACGCCCACUGGGCGGCAUCCGACGUCGCAACGAACACUGCUCUCUGCAAAUUUCGGCGUCACCACGAACGGUGGGCGUGCCGCCAACUCACUGGGGCGAAACAUCCUGUCCGCGGGUGACCGCCUGCGCGACAUGAUCAUACCUGACGCCCUUGCGAGUGUCGUAACCGCGCCGGUAGGCUGGAUCCCUGGCAUCGGCGGAGGCGCGAAGAGAAGUGCAGGGGAGAAGGACGCGGAGAAGACGGAGCGGAUGCGGAAAGAGCUGGAGGAAGUGCUUGCUGCAAGCUGCCCUCUGUGCGAGAGCGUGGUAGCGGGCUUGGACAAGCCAUUCGUACAGGAGGGAGAGCUGGACGCGAGUUGGGCUCUCUGA